UCUCCGCAUCCUGUCUGUGUGCAUUGAAAGUGGAGGGUCGUGUGUUCAGGUCAUUGGAACAAAGGACUUGAACACCUGUGCCUGCUGUAAUGUGAUCUUUUUGUAUACUUAUUCCAAGUAUUUGCACUUUAUGAUAGUAGCUAUUUAUUUCUAUUUAUGCAGGAAUAGCUAUCUCUUUAAAACAGCACAGCAUCGCAACCUGUGGUGGCGCAAGCUUUGUUGUUUUGCAAAAACCCGCUUGUUUAGUUAGCUGCAGUUAGUUUUGAAGGUGCUAUUCGGAGAAGAUGUCAACCGGCUGCCAGUCAAGCGGUGCUACGGCCAUUCCAUCGACCAGGAGGGUGACCAUCCACGAUGCCGAUCAUAUGCCACAUGACUACUCCACCACUCCCGGGGGGACCCUUUUCAGCACCACCCCCGGUGGUACCAGGAUUGUCUAUGACAGAAAAUUCCUGCUGGGUUGUCGCAGCUCUCCCGCGGCCAAGACUCCACCUCAAGGUCUUCCAGACAUUCCUGGUGUAACAAGUCCUCCCUCCACAGAAACCAAUGAGAAGAACACCAGUGAUGGAGAACCACUGAACAACAACACAUGUGUAGCUGCAAGCACUACCACUGGUGAUGAUGCCCAGUUUGAAAUGGACAUCUGAGGGGUAUUGAGGCCGGUCAUGUCAAACAUACCAACAAGACGCUGUGAGAAGAGGCUCAGAGGUACCAUCUGGUCCAGUGAGCUUUUUACAUGAAGAUGGGAUUUUCUUUAGAAUCUCAUUUUUUUCCGUCUCUUGUUUCUUCGCCCUCAAAGAACAUGCAUCGACACUGAAAACCGAUACACGUACGAUAAAGUGUGCCUUCAUCUGAUGGCGAGAAGUUGAAAAUGUAUACUUACUGCCUGCCGUGAAAUCAGAAUUCUAGCGACCAUUCCAGAUCCAUUUGUCCCACCAUGUACAUUUUCAGAUGCUGCCUUGAAUGUCUAAUGUCUCUGAGAUACUGUAUCAUUCGUGACUGUCCUCUCCAAAACACAUUCUGAAAUAGACAGUUUGCAGUGUGACACAAUUAAAGUAAAUGCAACUGAAUCAAAUGUGUGUGUGCUUUUCGUGUUGUGACACGGUUAAUUGCUCAGAUUGCAUACCCGAUGGUCAUCAUGUUGACUUGAAUGACAAUUACAAGUCAAAACCUUUAAUGCUGUUAACAGUAGGUGUCAAUAAAAAAGUGCAUUUUCACGUGUGUUGUUUCAAA